AAACCCUAGUAAAACCCUUGGGGCGUCUCUCAGGUGCAGAGGGCUAGAAGCUGGAAAUGGCGUUCUUCUCUGUGCUUCGCAAGUCAGCCUCUUCGCUUAGGCCUCUCGCAGUUGCGGCUCAUCUGCUUAAGCCCCACCGUAGUUACCGUGCUCUGCUCUCCCCGCCCAUCACCAAUCACCUCCCUUCCUCUCGCAAUCCCUUGUUCCUCCCUUGUUCUCAGUUCUCUUCUGCGCCAUUGAAGAAGUUUCCUUCUGAUGAGACCUUGCUUCGUGCCAUCGAAUCUGAAAUCCGUUGCGCCGAGGAUACUGACGACCACGACAGGGUUGAAGACGCGCCAAGUGAUUUUCCCUUUGAAAUUAUUGAUAAUCCUGGACAGCAGAUUAUAACACUCAAAAGAACAUACCAAGGUGAAGAUAUAAAAGUUGAAGUUCACAUGCCUGAUCUAGUUACUGGGGAAAACGAGGAUGGUCGUGAUGAUGAUGAUAAUGAAAGUGAAAGGGCCAAUCAAUCUAGUGUUCCUCUCGUGGUCAGUGUCUCUAAGAAGGAUGGACCCGUUCUAGAGUUCGCUUGUUUUGCUUACCCUGAUGAGAUCACGAUUGACAGCUUGACAGUGAAGAAUCCAGAAAACGCUGAGGAUCAAAUUCCUUACGAGGGUCCAGAUUUCCAAGAUUUGGAUGAGAACCUGCAAAAGGCCUUCCAUAAGUAUUUAGAAAUAAGAGGAAUCAAACCUAGAACAACUCAGUUCCUGCACGAGUACAUGAUCAACAAGGAUAGCAGAGAAUACUUGGUGUGGAUGAAAAAGCUCAAGAAGUUUAUUGAAGCUUAAACUAGAGUCGUUAUUUGAUGGAAGUGUGAGCUAUACUGCUACAUUUUUAAUAAACAAGUUUGGAGGGGAAGAUUUUAGAUUUCCUAUUAUUACUUUUUAUUCUAAUAACAUCAUUUUUUUAUAAUA